GUGGCAAAGACUCCAUAUUAUGAAAACGUAGAAAACGGAGGUCGUGAGGACUGCAUUAAAUUUCAUAAAAAAGAAGGUAUAAUAAGAACACAAUCGGUGAACAACGACCAUUGUUGUAUAGAAGAUUUGAUUUGAAAAUAGGAAAUCCUGUGUCGAUAACAAUCUUGAUCUUGUGUGAAUUUCGACGAGUGACGCAAAAAGAGCAAAUCGGCUGAGCAGACUGAAGUAAGUUCUAGAAUGCGGAGGCCUAUUCGUCUUCAGUCAGUAAGUUAUAAAUUUUGAUAGGUGCAGCUGUUGUCUUUGUCAGCUGUUGUCUUUGUCAGCUGUUGUCUUUGUGAAGUCGUCUUCUAUCAGGUUACUUCCGCGAUAACAUAGUAUACACACACGCACAUGGAGGUUAUUACAAUUACUUGAGGAAUUUUUAAGGGCAAGAACCUACUAAAAUGGUCUUUUUCGUGUAGUCGGGUGUUUAUUUUGCAUGUUGGCUCUAGAAGUUUCUUGGUCUACAUGGACAUAGUUCUUCUUCUUUCAUUCACGAGAUUACGAUCAACGCAUUCAUAGAACAAGAUAUAGUCCUUCGUCCCCAUACAUAAACUUUUGAAAACAGCGGUGGUGAGUCAUUUUUGGCUAGAGGGUGAUCCGCACGAAGUCUUGUGUCGGUCUUUCUCUUCUAUCUAGUAAAAAUAGUAUUCAGCAAAAUAACGACGAUCAUCAAGUUACUUUCGGUCGGUUUAGGCUGAUUUUGGAGAAGAUUCUCCUUUUCAUCUAGUUGAGACCUAUUGUAUUCUAAAGGAGCUGCAAGAAGUGGACUCACUCUCAUUACAACUUGAGAGAAACAAGUUCGUUUCUACUAGAAGAAGUAGUAGAAGUAGAGCUACUAGACAAGUUGCACGAAAGACGUCGUACUAGUGACUACAAGUCAGUGUCGUGUAGUUGUAGUCUUCCAGCACCCUUCAAAAUGCAGGAGUACAAGCUUUUUGUCGGCAACUUGCCUCCAGAUAUCUCGCAAGAGGACUUGCGGACUGUCUUCAACACUUACGGCAUGGUCACAGAUGUGCACAUUAUGACAGGUGUCUAUAGCUCUCUAUCUUUUACUGCAGAAUUUUUUUUUUGAACGCCCUCUUCUUUGUUCACCGUCUUCAUCGCAUAUAGUAUGAUACCACAUGAGUAGUUUUACAUAUGCAUUGAUUAUGGAUCUCCAUUCUCCCCCCUUCCCCGCUCCACAGGUCGUUCCCAGUCGGGUGCAGCCUGCGCAUUUGUGCAUUAUGGGGACCAGCUAAGCGCGGAUCAGGCAAUUGCAGCUCUUAACAAAGCUUACAAAAUCCGAAUUGACGCUACGGAUCCAAUUACUGUAUUGAUAAUUUAUUUAGGCAUUGAUUCGAAGUUGCACACGACAAGGGUAACUAACCAGGUAGUCCGCCGUUCUGAAAAAUCUCCAAAUACAUACUAGCCCAGCUUGCUUUCCCCGUCCCAUCACCACAAGUGCAGUCGUACUACUGCUAGUACUCCACUACUAAACAAACAACUAUUAAAAACAGGUUUCUCACGCAAACCAAAAACAGGUUUCUUACGCGAAGAUGGAUCGCGCGGGAAACAAUUAUACUGGUGUCGCCUUUAACCCGUUGUUGAACCCUGCCUUGACGUCUGGGCUUUAUCCACCAAUCAACCCUUAUGAUCCGACCAACGCUUACAACAUGUACGCGGCUCAGGUACUUCAAGAACAGUCACGCUGCAAGCCAAUCAAUCUUCAAAAAUGUACUUCCUUGUAAACAAAAAUUAGACGAGGUGGCCCUUGACAUCAAACUUCAACAGCAAGCAAUGGCUAUCACUCUCCACAAUCUUCACAGCAAGCAAUGGCUAUCACUCUCCACAAUCUUCACAGCAAGCAAUGGCUAUCACUCUCCACAAUCUUCACAGUAAGCAAUGGCUAUCACUCUCCACAAUCUUCACAGCAAGCAAUGGUCGGUGGCGCACCGGGAACCCCUGGAGCGGACUUUUUGA